AUGUCUAUCGCUACCGAGCCGUCCUCGCCUUCUCUCAGGCAGCUCGUCAACAAACGUAUUGUCGUUGUAGGCGGAUCGUCAGGUAUCGGCUUCGCCGUGGCGCAGUCCUCUCUCGAACAAGGUGCAAUCGUCGUAAUCGCCUCUAGCAACGAGGCCAAGAUCCAAACGGCAGUCCAGAAGCUCAUCCAGGCGAACAACGCUUUUGCGGGAAAGAUCGAUGGGUUGGUCGUGGAUGCGACGCAGCCUGAUUCGAUCCGGGCGCUGAUGGACAAGAUUGGCAAGUUCGACCAUCUUGUCUGGACCGCUGGGGAUGCGGUCGGCAUGCCCAACUUCCUCACUGACGACCUGGUCGCCGGUGCUGCCCGUCCCGAUCUCCGUCUGCUCGCACCUGCGAUCGCUGUUCAGCAUGUGUUCAAUAAUAAGCUGUUCAACGAGGGCGGCAGCGUGACACUCACGACCGGGUAUAUCGCACAGAAGGCGAUUAAAGGGUGGACAAUGGCUAUUGCGGGCGCUGGCUCGAUCGUUUCGUUCACCCGUGGAUUGGCUCUGGAAGUCGCUCCCAUCAGAGUGAAUGCCGUCGCUCCCGGCUCUGUCCACACCGAGAUGUGGGAGGCCGCCAGUCCGCAAGUCGUCGAGUAUCUGAAGCAAAGCGCCAUCAACUCCUCGCCGCUCAAGCAUUGCGGUCAGCCCGAGGAAUGCGCCGAGGCGUACUUAUUCCUCAUGAAGUGCCCCAUGAUGACAGGGAGCACCGUGUAUGUGGAGAGUGGUGCUCUCCUCUUGUAA